AGACUUUUAAGACUUUCCCAUUUUCCAAGUUUAAUUUUACUACUACUAUUACUGCACUAUUAAUUUAUUACUACUAUUAUUAUUUUCUUUUCCAACGGACACCCACUAACCACUCCACCACCCUAUCAAAUCAUCACCUUCUUUCUCCCAUCUCCUCUUUUAGUUUCUUCUUCUCUGCCACCGGGUAAAGCACUUUUUCGCCGUUCAUCUUUUUUAGUCCUAUCAUUCAACUUUAUAUAUGCUAAUUAUACCACAGUGGCAUAUAUAUAUAUACACUAAUACUAGCGGCAUAGCAACUAAGGAUAGGGAAACAUGGAGUUGACCAACAAAUACAUUGUGAUAAAGCAUUACAUAGAAGAUGCCCCCAAAGAGUCUCAUUUUAAGGUAAAAUCUGAGGCAUUAGGUCUUUCAUUGGAGCCAGGUUCUGAUGAUGUCAUAGUGAAGAAUCUAUAUAUCUCUAUUGACCCAUAUCUCAUUAACCGCAUGAAAAGCCACAGUGCUUCCCAUAAUGCUAUAAGCUUUGCAACUCCCUUAAUUCCUGGCAAGGCUAUCGACGCUCUUGUUAUUGGAAAGGUUAUUGCUUCUGGGAAUGCUAAGUUUGAGAAAGAUGAUGUGGUUCUGGGAGUAUUCACUUGGGCUGAGUACAGUGUGGUUAAGGAACAAAGCAUAAUAAAGAAAUUAGAGUCCUCUGAAUUUCCACUCACUUAUCAUCUUGGAGUUCUUGGAUUUAGUGGAUUGACAGCUUAUGGGGGAUUUUUUGAAAUUUGCAGACCCCAAAAGGGUGAAAAGGUAUUUGUUUCAGCAGCAUCUGGUUCAGUUGGAAAUAUUGUAGGACAAUAUGCAAAACUUUUGGGUUGCUAUGUUGUUGGCUGUGCUGGUAGCCAAAAAAAGGUUGAAUUACUCAAAGAAAAACUAGGAUUUGAUGAGGCCUUCAACUACAAGGAAGAAAUAGAUCUAAACGCCGCUGUUAAAAGGUACUUUCCUGAUGGAAUUGACAUAUAUUUUGAUAAUGUUGGGGGGAAAAUGCUAGAAGCAGCAGUUGAUAACAUGAAAGCAUUUGGUAGAGUGUCUGUUUGUGGUGUAAUCUCUGAGUAUACAAAUGCCGAAAACAAAGCUUCACCAAACAUGUUAAACCUCGUGUACAAAAGAAUCACCAUCAGAGGAUUUUUAGCUGCUGAUUUUAUGAAUGUUUUUGGAGAUUUUACUGAUAAAACAUUGGACUAUCUUCGUGAUGGUCAGUUGAAGGUGAUUGAAGAUAGGUCAUUGGGUGUAGAGAGCAUCCCUUCUGCAUUUGUUGGGCUUUUCAAUGGAGAUAACGUUGGAAAGAAAAUUGUGGUUUUAGCAGAUGACUGAUCGUGCAAUGAAUAAGGCUAAAAUGUUACUACUCGAUGAAAUUUAUCUUUUAAGAAUAAGAGUGUUUUUAAAACCAAACUUUCUUUAACAGAAAAUGGGAUGGUGGAAACUUCAUAAAUUUAUUGAAAAUAAGUUUCAUACA